AUGGGUCACGAAGAUGCUGUCUACCUGGCUAAGCUCGCCGAGCAGGCCGAGCGAUAUGAGGAGAUGGUCGACAACAUGAAGAUUGUCGCCAGCGAGGACCGCGACCUCACCGUCGAGGAGCGCAACCUUCUCUCCGUCGCCUACAAGAACGUCAUUGGCGCCCGCCGUGCCUCUUGGAGAAUAGUCACCUCUAUCGAGCAGAAGGAGGAGUCUAAGGGCAACUCUUCGCAGGUCACUCUCAUCAAGGAGUACCGCCAGAAGAUCGAGGCCGAGCUCGCCAAGAUCUGCGACGACAUCCUCGACGUCCUCGACGCGCACCUGAUUCCCUCGGCCAAGUCCGGCGAGUCCAAGGUCUUCUACCACAAGAUGAAGGGUGACUACCACCGCUACCUUGCUGAGUUCGCUAUUGGCGACCGCCGCAAGGACUCCGCCGACAAGUCUCUCGAGGCUUACAAGGCCGCCACCGAGGUUGCCCAGACUGAGCUUCCUCCUACCCACCCCAUCCGCCUGGGUCUCGCCCUGAACUUCUCCGUUUUCUACUACGAGAUCCUCAACGCCCCUGACCAGGCUUGCCACCUUGCUAAGCAGGCUUUCGAUGAUGCCAUUGCUGAGCUCGACACCCUCAGCGAGGAGAGCUACAAGGAUUCCACGCUUAUCAUGCAGCUGCUCCGCGACAACCUGACCUUGUGGACCUCGUCCGAGGCCGAGACCUCCGCUACCGGCGGCCAGGCUGAUGCCCCUGCCAAGGAGGAGACCGCCGCCACCGCCGAGCCUCCUGCCGCCGCCGAGGAGCCCAAGGCCACCGAGUAA